AUGGCUGUUGCGUUUCGUCUCAGCACAGCCCUACUCCCCUCGCUCGCGGCACCCAUAGUGUCUCCCACCAACGCCGCAAAGCCCUCCCUUUCUUCCGCAUCCCGCGCCGCCUUGCUACCUUUAAUUGCCGUCCGCGCUACCGUUACUCCUCAGCGAUCCCCCGCGUGUCGAGCAUCCACGGUCGUCGACUCGGCCACGUCAACAGAAACCAUGGCUGACGCGGCAGCUCCGGCGACUGACGUCAACGCGUCCGCUGGCGGCGUCGAUUCGCGCAGCGGGUGCAGGAUCUGCGCGGCGGUGACGGCGACGACGGUGGGUGGAAUGCGGGAGCAGAUGGCGCAGGUCAAGGCGGCGGGAGCGGACACGGCGGAGCUCCGCGUUGACCAUUUGACCGAGUUUGACCCGAGCGUUGACCUCCCUGCGCUCCUAAACGGCCGCUGCCUGCCCGUUAUUGUCACAUGCCGCCCCACGUGGGAGGGCGGCAAGUACGCCGACCCGGACGAGGAGAGGCGGCAGCAGGUGCUGGCGAUGGCCAUGGAGAUGGGAGCUGAGUUCAUUGACGUCGAACUGCAGGUCGCCUCCGAGUUCAUCCAGAAGCACGUUGCACCCCGCCGCGCCGCCGCCGCUGCUGCUGCCGCUGGUGACGGUGUGACUGCAACGCGUGUGAUUGUAUCGAGCCACAACUACAGCGUGACCCCGCCAUUGGAGGAGCUGCGGGCGCUGGUGGCGCGCAUAGAGGCUGCUGGGGCAGACAUUGUCAAGUUCGCCACCACGGCCACUGAUAUCACUGACAAUGCACGCGUGUUCCAGAUACUCAAGGAGGCGCAGCGCCCCACAAUCGCAUUGGUGAUGGGUCCCAAGGGCCUCAUCAGCCGUCUCCUCGCGCCCAAAUUCAACGCCUUUCUCACCUUCGGGGCGAUCACCCCUGGCGCUGAGUCAGCGCCAGGUCAGCCGACGGUCGCUGAGCUGGCGGGCACGUACAGGCUGGCGGGCGUGGGCCCGGCAACGCACGUGUUUGGGCUGGUGGGGAACCCGGUGGCGCACAGCAAGGGCCCUGUGCUGCACAAUGCGGCGUUAAGGCAUGUGGGGUAUGACGGCGUGUACGUGCCAUUCCUGGUGGACGAUGUUCCGGAGUUUCUGAAGACGUUUGACGGCCCCGAUUUCAAGGGGUUCAGUGUGACCAUUCCCCACAAGCUCGCGGCGUUGGAGUGCUGCCACGAUGUGGAACCUCUUGCCAAGAGCAUAGGCGCUGCCAACACCAUCAUUCAAGGGGAGGGCGGCCGGCUCAAGGGGUACAACACAGACUGCAUGGCGGCCAUAGAGGCCAUCGAGGACGGGCUCAGGCAGGCAGAUGGAGGCAGCAUCAGCAGUAGCAACGCGGAAGCUUCCUCCUCGCCCCUCGCCGGCCGACUCUUUGUGGUUGUGGGGGCGGGGGGUGCCGGGAGGGCUCUGGCUUUCGGUGCUAAAGCAAAGGGUGCGGAUGUGAUUGUAACAAAUAGGAGCUACGGCAAGGCGGAGGCGCUGGCUGCGGCUGUGGGCGGCACUGCCGUGCCUCUGCCGUCUGGUUCUGGUGACGUGGCAGCGGGUGGCGAUGAGCUGGCGGCGGUGUUGCAGGAGAUGCAGAGAGGGAGGAGUGGGCGUGCUGUGCUGGCAAAUACGACCUCUGUGGGCAUGCACCCUCAUGUGGACGAUACUCCGGUCAGCAAGGCUGUGUUGCAGGAGUGCAGUCUGGUGUUUGAUGCAGUCUACACCCCCAUGGAAACCCGUCUGCUCAAAGAGGCGAAGCAGGCAGGAGCUGCAACGGUCAGUGGCGUCGAGAUGUUUGUUGGCCAGGCGGCUCGACAAUUCGAGCUCUUCACUGGAAAGCCAGCUCCUGUGUCGUUGAUGCGUGAAAAUUUCCGCCAAAGUUCCGCCGGCAUUCCGCAACCCUCCUCUCGCUCCCCUCGCAUCAUGGAAGCGGAGGAGCCUCCGCGCGCGCGCACUCUCCGUAAUGCCGCCAAGCGGUGGAGCGUGCCGGCCGUCCUGCACCCCGCGUCGGGCCGGCUCGUCCCCAUGGACGACUGGGCGAUCUCCGCCGCCGUCGCCGCGCAUAGCGACGGCGCGCCGGUCGCCCCGUCGGCCGCAUCUUCCAGCCACGACGAUUUCUUGAAGAAUCUGACCAAUCGGAGCCGGAAGUGGAUUGGCGGAGCGCGCACGGCCGGAAGGCCCGGGACGUCGUCGUUUCGGGACGCGGAUAAUGCGGCGGCUGCGGCGGCGACGCCGGGCGCGGCGCCGGCCGCGCCGCCGUCGCUGAAUAACGUGCCGGAUCCGGUGCUGCUUAAGAUUCUGAUGCGCGUGGAAUCGCCCAAAGACCGAGCGUCGUGCGCGCUGGUCUCCCCGCGCUGGUUCUGGCUGGAGAAGCGUUCCCGCCGCGCAGUGACCCACCUGGACCUCUCCCAGCCGUCGCGCUUCCUCGAGUCGCUCCCCCUCGCCUUCUUCCCGCGCGUCACCUCGCUCUCCCUCAACUGCUCUCUCUACCGCCGCCCCUGCUCCGCCGAUAGGCUCUAUGACUUCAGGGAACUGCACGUGCUCGAGCUGCUGCAUCUCAAACGGAUCCUGAAUCAACGGCCCUGGGAGAAUCUCGAGUUUGUCGGCUCGCAUUUCCUGCUAGAGGGGCUUCCUAAAACGGGGAUGGGGUACGGUGGAGGGUUUGUGGGCGCGGGAGGGGGAGGGGGAGGGGGAGCCGGUGGUGGUGGCGGUGCUGUUAACUUGCAGAGUGGGAGUUUCAGUGCCAGCGCUUCGGUUUCCACUCCAGGUGUUACGACCCCGGCUGUUGCAACUCCGGGUAUGGUGACUCCUGGCGGGGUAAUCACCCCGGGCGGGGAAACUACCCCCGGGUUUCCCGGCUCGGAAAAACCCGCGAGUAAAUUUUCCCGGGAUGGUGGCGCGGGGUCAAAGUCAGGCAGAGGGCGCUCAGGAGGGGGGGGCGGGCCAAAGGUGUGGGAUAUGAUGGAGGAAGAGGAGGUGGUGGGAGGAGGGGGGGGAGGAGGAGAGGUGGCGGGUGCAGGGGAGGGAGUUGGGGGUGGGAGAGGAGGGGUUGGAGCUGAGUUCAUGCGGAUUGGGUUCUUUGACAAGUGUGGGGCAUCGCUGCAGUCUCUGAUCCUGGAGGGGGGACGUAACGUUACCAACAUUGAGAAUAUCGCCAAGGAGAUAUCCAUCAAGAUGCUAACCCAGGAGCUAGCCCAGUGCUCCGCCCUGCGCCAUCUGGUCAUCUCCCAAACCGUCAAGGGCAACCCGCGCCUGCUCGAGCGAGCCUUCUCCUCGCUGCCCCUGCUCACCUACCUCGACCUGGGCAACCUCAAGAUCGAAACCCCGGGGGCGUCUGGUCCCCCGCUGCUGGGGGCAACGGAUGGGAUGCUGAGGGAGGUAGCGCGGUGGUGUGCGGUGGUGGAGGAGGUGUAUGUGGGCCCGCAUGCAACGGUGGUGGGGGUGGAGGCGGUAGCGGGGAAGUGCAAGCAGCUGCGGGUUCUUGGGGACGUGACUGCUGCGUGCCGGGACUCCAUGCAUGUCAUGAACAAGGUGAGAUGCUCUUAUGGGACGUCCCAACCCAAGGUGUAUGUGGGUCCGCAUGCGACGGGGGUGGGGGUGGAGGCGGUAGCGGGGAAGUGCAAGCAGCUGCGGGUUCUUGGGGAUGUCGCUACUGCGUGCCGGGACUCCAUGCAUGUCAUGAACAAGUGGGCCACUAAUGAGACGCUAGAGGAGGUGGGCCGUUCAUGCCCCUCCCUGCGCUCGCUGCUCAUCCGCUGCAACGCAGACAUCACAGACGCAGGCCUGGUGGCGCUAGCAGCACUCAACCCCAACCUCACCCAUCUCAACGUCUUCGCCCUCGCCCACUCCCUCACAUACAUCUCUCUCGUCUCCGCCGCCCGCCACUGGACCUCCCUCGAAACCCUCAUCCUGCCCUUCUGCGAGCGAGACGACCGAGCCGACCUGCCCGACCUGGUGAAAGUCCUUUCCAGCUGCCCGAAGCUGAAAGUUUUCUCGAUCGGGCUGUGUGCGCAUAGGUAUUUUGAAGCGUUGUUGGAGCUGCUGGGAUCGUGUUCGUGGCUGGAGUAUGUGUAUCUGUAUGAGAGCUGCCAGGAGGGGCAUGAAUUCACCAUGGCUGAUCUCAGGAAGGCUGCUGCCAAGGAGAAGAGGAAACCGCUGAUUUGCUACGCUGCUGGGUCGGCUGAGGGGAUCUGA